CCAUUAUAUAACUACACAAUUCUAACAUAUCCUAUUUUUGCUGAUUUUACGGCAUCAUUCCCACCGCACGCUCUUACUGUUCGUUCCGGAUCAAGUAUUUCAAGUGUGAGUUUCUGAGAUGCGCUUUGGCGAUAAGUACCCAACCAACACGCGCCCUGCAGCUUUGCGAAUUCACCACACAUUAAUUAAUCAAGCUCGAAACGGUAAACUCGCAACACAUUUUCCAUGUCGAUAGACCUUAACUGGGAGACGGUCACGGGCGGACCCGACGGGCAGGAACUGGCGGACCAAAUCCGGGACUUCAUUCACACCAAGUUUCAGUCGGUCCCGCUACCACGCUUCAUCAAAUCUGUCACGGUUCACGAUUUCCAGUUUGGAGCCAUUCCACCAGAGGUUGAGCUCAAGGAUAUUACCGACCCGCUACCAGACUUUUACGAGGACGAUGUCGAUUCCGAUCUAGAUUCUGACGAUUCGGAAGAAGAUGAUGCCGCAAACAAUCUUACACAGGACCAGGACGAGCGCCACCGGCCAACAACCGAUGUGGAGAGCCUAGGUGGUGGUGCUCGGAGCCCCGGUCGUCUUCCUCCGCACCUUAUGUUCGGCGGUCCCAACGGUCCUGGGGUAGGAAGCUUACGCAACGGGGACAUGGGCAAUCCGUUCAUGCGUGUGUCGACACCUGGGAUUUCCGGUGGGACUUCCAACUUGCAUUACUUCCACUCACACUUGGGGGGUGGGCUUUCGGGAACGCAAACACCUCUCGCGGCAGUAGCCGGCGCCCAGCACCUCAGCACCGCCAACUGGCUCGAAGGCCAUGGGCAUAGCUCCUCCGUGCCGAACCUCAACCACUUUGCCAACCUUGGCGGACCUGGCACCAGCCCUCGCCAACACCCUGAACACCCUGAACGGAGGCAUAGCCGCAACCCAUCCCAGGGCUCCAUCUCCGUCGCAGACUUCAACCAAACCAACACCCUCGCACCACCCACAUCAUCCACCCUAGGCGUCCCCUCCUUAAAGGAGAAACACAGCGUCUCGACCCUAGCACCAACCUCCGCCGACGCCUCGCGGCCCCCGACCCGCGACAAGACGUCCAAGGUCCCGGGCUCAGCAAUCGACGGUGGCGCCGGCACCGGCACCAGCGCCAGCUCCACCAAAGCCGGCAGCGGCCCCAGCGAACAGCAGCCCAACGACGACGACGACGACGGCCAUCCGCGGCUGCGCGAGCCCCGCAUCGACGACAUGCAGGCCGUCUUCCGGAUCCGCUACGCCGGCGACGUCAAGCUGCUGCUGACGGCCGACAUCCUGCUGGACUACCCGAUGCCCAGCUUCGUCGGCAUCCCCGUGCGCCUGAGCAUCACGGGCCUGACCUUCGACGGCGUCGGCGUUUUGGCCAAGAUCAGGAAGCGCGUGCAUUUUUGUUUCUUGAGCCCCGAGGAUGCGGUCGCCGCUGUCGGGGAUGAGGAGGGCUUGUCUCCUGAUGAGGGACAGGGGCAGGGGCGGGGACAGAGCCAGGGGUCUGGGCAGCAGAAGCAGGCUGGGCGGGCUGAAAAGUCGGGAAACACCAAGCUUGGGGGGUUGUUGCAGGAGAUUAGGGUGGAGAGUGAGAUUGGGGAACGGGAGAGUGGAAGGCAGAGCCUGAAGAAUGUGGGCAAGGUGGAGAGGUUUGUGCUGGAGCAGGUGAGGAGGAUAUUCGAGGAAGAGUUUGUAUACCCGAGCUUUUGGACGUUUUUGGUGUAAUCAAAAUGAUCACGGGGG